UCAAAGUUCAUUUAUUCGAGCAUUUAACAUCAUUUCAAUUAUUAAUUACUGAUCCAAAGGAUCUGCUUUAACAUUGGAGAAACUACACACAGCAACUAUACUCAGACAACACUAGAAGAAACUCUGAAAGUAAAUAUAAAAGUGAACCCCUCCCCCCAAAUAUUGAAGUCAGAAGUUGUAAGGGCAGUCAAACAGAGCAAAUGGGGAAAAGCACCAGGCCCAAACGACAUAUACAUAGAGCUUCUAACAAUGUUGAAUGAAGACAAUAUAGACGCCUUGAUAGAUCUUUUUAAUGACAUUUAUGGGUCAGGUCAAAUACCACAGGAUUGGCUUCAAUCAACCUUUAUACCAAUCUCAAAAAAGCCAAACGCUAAUAGUUGCGAUCAAUUACGAAUGAUCAGCUUAUUGAGUCAGGUCUUAAAACUCUUCUUAAAGAUAAUUCACAUAAGAAUAUACAACAGAUAUGAAAGAGACAAUAGCCCUACACAGUUCGGUUUUAGACAACGAUUUCGCACAAGAGAAGCAUUUUAUAGCUUAACUGUCCUACUUCAGAAAUGCAGAGACCAACAAAAAUAUGUCUUUCUGUGCUUUACAGAUUACUAGAAAGCAUUCGAUUAUGUUGAUCAUUAUGAAUUAGUAAGAUUGCUCCAGGAACGUUCGAUAGAUGAUAAUGACCUUAAAAUCAUAAAGAACCUUUAUAUGAAUCAAGUGGCAUCUGUGAAAGUAGGACUGGAAUCUACACCAUAUUUCUUAAUCGAUAAAGGUGUACGACAGGGUUGUGAUCUGUC